AUGAUGCUUUACGGUAUAGAUCACCGCUACUUCGGCAACAUUAUUCUCUUCCGUCACACCCCAGAAGAGCAGUGCGCGGGGUGUCUACAAAAGGAUAUCGCGUGCUGUUGCUGGUCUCAACAACCGCAAGGUCACGAGCAGACGCUGCGUAGUAUGGCGCAGGAGCAGUGGCGUCUACUUAGAGAACCUAAACAUAAAAGAGCUGCACCCGGAGCACCGAAAGUCUAUGGUAAUUAUCACGCGAUACUGCAGCGUCACAUGAUACUACAGCGACCGGCUGGGUUUUGGGGAGGAGAUGUCCCAAUCAAGCGGCGGUAUAACGCAUUGUGGGAGAAGCUGGAGGGAAAGGACAUUCUAGAGUACUUCAACGAGGGAAAGCUGAGAAGGUGCGCGACCGGUGGCACGCUAGACGAAUGGAAAGCAGCACAUCUCCGUCGACGCAAGAACAAGCUCACGUGGUUGAGGGAGUAUCCCGUGACGGAAGAGUAUUUGGCGGCGCAGUUUGAGGGUGAGCAGGAGAUGAAGUAUCUGUACAGCAGUGGGAAAGAUUUCGACAAGCGGCGGGUGUACUCUAGGGGGAAGAGGGUGGCACCGAAAGUGCAUGUGACGUGGAACAUGUACAAGUUGAUGCAGUUUGGGAUUUUCUUCAACCGGGCAAGUCGAAACCGAGUGUAUGGCGAGUUUCCCGAGCUACCGCGGGUGAAGCUGUUUACGCACUGGUUACGAUUGAUGAGUGUGAGUGUGCGUUUGGCGAGUGAUCAGAGCGUGCCGUUGUAUAUAGUGGUGGGUAGUAGCGCUGUAGCUCAAGGUAUGUAG